GAAGAACACGGGUAAAUCUGAGUCUCGGCUUGCAAUCCUGCCAACUCGGUUCUUGAUUCGCAUGUUAAGCAAUGUGAUGAUUUCCCCGGAGGGUAUUUUCCUCCGAUGAAGAAGGCUGCAACAGGCCCUGAUGCCAGGAUAUGUAGUCGUUGUUAUGCUUUAUGGGAGCAUCGAAGGUAGCUCCUUCAACGGAGGUGCAGAUGGUAUCCUCACUAGUGACGUCGUGGAACUCCGAAGCUUUUUGUGGCGAUUUGGCACCUUUGGCGCUUUUUAGGAUGUUGUAUCUAGAAGGUCAGUCCGGCGCAUGCGCUUUGGCUCGUACGGCCAGCACUACGAUUGUGGUCGGUGACAUGUUGCAUCUGCCAAAAUUCUCGAUUCGAAAACCUCCGGUCCUGUGAAUCUCGUUCGUGCCGGACGUUCUUCGAAGAGGCUGAGCAAGAAGUCUUUAGUCUUCUGCAGAGCCACGCCAGUUUCACUUUAUAGGUACCUACAAAUGGUCUCCACGAUUCCAACAGCCCACUGCGAUGGAGAGCAAUACCUCGUGCCAGUCCAUUCCAAACCCCAAUACUUCUCUUGCAUGGAUGCCAGCGGAUACUGCAUCUCAAUACGAAGCUGUUCGUUACUUCUACGCAGUAGUACUCGGAGUGUGGAUAUGGGAUGAGCUUACAUUUCUUCCAGACGAAGUACGGAUAUUCAGGCCUAGAUUCUGGAGCUUUUCAAAUAUUGCAUAUGUUGUAUCGAGAAUCACCACCGGUGCCUCAAUUAUGUCGUCGUUCCUUUUUCUCAGUGCCCCAAUUGCAGAUUGCCAACUUGUCAUCCGAAUCGCUGGAUGGUUCGCGGCGUUUGCAAUGCCUGCAAAUUCACUCAUGUUUCUUUUACGAGUGCAAGGGGUGUUCCAUGAGUCUCGCCUCAUUGUGGGCAUCUUCAGUUUCUUAUGGCUGGCAACAUUCGCCUCCUUCACUGCCCCAUUCUCAUACGGUGCCACCCACAUUGGUGCAUCAUCCGGGUGCACCAUUAGCAGUGUGAGGAAGGGGGAUUCCGGAGGUACCAUUGCCGUCGCUCUUUUUGACACAUGUGUUUUCAUUGCCAUAUCCAUACGCAUUCCAUCGUACUAUGCCCCAGCGAGUUCAUGGAAAGAACGAAUCCGAUCCUUAUGGAAUACAAAGAAUAUGGGUCAAAUUUCGAAGAACAUCUUGCAGACCGGAUAUCUUUAUUAUAUGACGACGGUUGGCGUUAACAUUGCUGGGAUUUUCGUCCUACUAGCACCAGGCAUAUCGCCAAUAGUACGAUCAACGUUCAGCGUGCCGACCAUCGUUGUUCAAAACCUGAUGGCAUGCAAAGUUUUUCGACUUCUGAAGCUCGACCUCUUACGUGAGGACCGCAUCAUCAUGUCACGCUCUGCACCAGGAUCCAUCUUUACCCCUACAAGGCGACCAAAUCGGAUACCUGCAGACGAGACUGCUUUGUCAAACAGUGCUUCAGCUGGAAAUGAUGAUAUCGGUCUAAGUACCUUGACCAACUUACAAUACACACGCAAAGAGACUUCGACACAUGUUAUCCUUGCCGGGUGGAUGGAUUCGCAGAUUCCAGAAGUGGAAGUGGACAGUAGAAAGAUCAGCGAUAAAGUGCAGCACUCCGACGAUGUGGUUUAGCUGUUUGGGAGUAAUGGGACUGCGAAUGUAGAACAGAAGCCAUAGCAAUUGCAUGGUCAGUGGAAUGUCACCUUCCGCAGAGGAUACCAGGUCCUUUGGCACAUAAACUCAAGCAGAUCAACGUCGAAGAGAAUCUGGACAACAAUACGACUGGUCAAGAUU